AUGAAACUGGCGACUCGUCUCAUCAUUCUCAAUUGCUAUUCAAAGUUUGCUCAACACGGAAACGUGGUUCAAAUUGAGAAGAAGUACGGAAAGCACGUCACCGAGUGGAUGUACCAGAAUGCGCGUCACUUGCUCUCAUCCGUUGAUGAUGCCAAUUGUCAGAUGGUUGUUCACGCCGCGGAAGCGCUUCUCGUCAACGCCACCGCUCUGACUGAUUUGCCCACCGAGGAGCCACGAAACGGUGCGGGCUCAGCGGUAACGAUGUCAAUGUCAAAU